AUGAGCAUAUCGGCGGAGCAGGUAGUAGCGCAAUACCCUCCGAAGUUCACAAGAGGCGCACAGCUUGGCUUCUAUCUGGCACUGCUGGUAGGCGCCUUGUUCUGGGGUAGCACAGCGGACGUGAUCGGCCGGAAAUGGUCCUUCAAUUUUUCACUGCUAAUCAGUGCCGUCUUUUCCAUUGUCGCCGGUGCUGCCCCGAACUACCCCGUGUGGGCGUCCUUUGUGGCACUGUCAGCUUUCGGGUCCGGUGGAAACCUGGUUUUGGACACCACUGUCUUUUUGGAAUACUUGCCAUCGAACAAACAGUGGCUUCUCACCCUUCUUGCGGGAUGGUGGGGCGUGGGCCAGACUGUCGCUGGUCUGGUAGCUUGGGGCUUCAUGGGUAAGCAAUUUCUAGCACUGGUUUUGCACCACGGCACUAACGCGACAAAAGCCAACUACAGCUGCCCUUCUGAUGGCUCGAUCCCAUGCACGAAUGCAAACAACAUGGGUUGGAGAUACUUAUUCUACACGUGCGGUGCGCUUGUGUUUGUUCUCAGCGUCGCCCGUGUUCUGGUCAUUCGGUUCCAUGAGACCCCCAAAUUCCUCCUGUGCCAAGGGAAGGACGAAGAUGUCAUAAAGACCCUUCGUAAUCUAGCAGAUCGAUAUGAUCGACCAUGUAACCUAAUCUUGGAGCAGCUUCAGGCUUGUGGUCAGAUCCAAAGCGCUCACGCAAAUGACAAGGCGUCCUUGUCCGAGGUUUGGGUUCACAUCAAGGGUCUCUUCGCCACACCCAAGAUGGCUCUUUCUACAUCUUUAGUCUGGCUGUCAUGGGCUUUGAUAGGCUUAGGCUAUGCCCUCUACUAUGUCUACUUGCCUGAAUACCUCGCAUCUCGCGAUGCCUCCACCGGUGAGUCUUCGAGCUACAUCACCUGGAGAAAUUAUGCAAUCACCAAUCUGUGCGCUGUUCCGGGUCCCAUAAUUGCUGGCUUCAUGUGCGAGAUGCCAAUCUUCGGACGAAAGAGAACCAUGGCCUUCGGCGCGUUUGCAACAAUGGCGUUCUUUUUCGGUUACACCUCUGUCCGUACAAGUGCCGAGAACCUGGGGUUCUCCUGCGCGAUCUCAGUCACGAUAAAUAUCUACUACGCCACCUUGUAUGCGUACACUGUCGAAAUUCUACCUUCUGCUCAUCGUGGAACUGGAAAUGGUGUGGCUGUCGCGCUCAACCGACUGAUGGGUAUGGUUUCUGCGCUCAUUGGUGCUUUCACGUCCACUUCAAGCUCGGUGCCGAUUUAUGUCUGUGCCGGCUUGUUGGGUAUGUGCGGUAUCUUGGCCGUUCUGUUCCCGCUUGAAUCUCGCGGACGACGCAGCAUUUAG